AUGAAAAAUUUUUUACAGUAUCGCGUCUGUCACUUCCUGAACAACCGCAUCCCUACUGGCGCUGGUCUGCGGAGAACUCCCUUGAGCAUACGUGCUGAAGGCUCAUAUCUGCAUGCCAGUGACCAGGGUGUGCUACGCGUACUUACUGGCACAUGGCCCUUUGUCCUGUGUCAGAUGCAUGGCAGCAGUCUGCGGAGAACUCCCUUGAGCAUACGUGCUGAAGGCUCAUAUCUGCAUGCUGUUUUCCAGUAUGCAGUUGACUGUCAUCGUGCUGAUGUUUCGUGA